AUGGCUUCAUCCUCCAAACCCCAGAGCUCUCUGCUCUACACCUGUAUCGCUCACCGGUCAACCAUAUUAGCCGAACAUUCCUCUCCCGGAUCAUCUCCAACAUCCGCAUCAUCUUUGGCAUCCAUAAUUCUCCCCAAGAUCACCCACGACAAAUCACAGAAAUUAACAUACACUCAUGAACGCCUGUUCGUGCACUAUAUCGCUGACUCGCCAACCGGCGGGUCCGCAGACGAUCGAAGCGGCCGCUCCGAGCCCAACUCCCACGCCCCCCUAAGCUAUCUUGUCGUCGCAUCUGCCGAACAAGGCCGCCGCAUCCCCUUCGCCUACCUGCUGGAAAUGAAGCGCAAUUUCCUUUCUUCAUACCCACCAUCUAGUACAGACUACUCUGCAUUGCCAGCGUAUGGCUGUGCGGCUUUCAACACGGAUCUCCGCUCCCUGUUACAGACGUACAAUACUGCUCCCCCCGCAGACUCCCUUGCCUCUGCCCGUCGCGAGAUUGAUAACGUUCGUGACAUCAUGACGGAGAAUAUUGAGCGCGUGCUGGAACGUGGAGAGCGUAUCGACCUGCUUGUUGAUAAGACUGAUAGGUUGGGUGGAAGCGCGCAUGACUUUCGAAUCCGUAGUCGGGGACUGCGUCGACGGAUGUGGUGGAAGAAUACCAAGCUUAUGGUGCUUUUGGGUGUGGUGGUUAUAUUUCUCUUAUAUCUGUUUAUUGGGUUUGGAUGUGGAUUGCCUGCGUGGUCGAGAUGUGUGGGACGGAAAACCCAUUAG